CAUAUGUGCGCGGAGGACUGGCCGCUUGGUUUGUGCCCAUUUUAAGUCACUGCCUGUCAUCUGGCUGGAAUGCGCUCCUCACACACUGCAGCUGCUCUGCUAUCAGGCUGUUAUCUUCUGCCUUAACAUUCGCACAUUAGAGCUCGAAUCGACAACACCGCUUGAAAACUUCAGAAUGUCAGACACCUUAAGCUACACAACAUCUCCAUUGCCUUCCAGUGUCCCGUCAGUCUCUGGUGAUUCAAACGCCACAUUAUGCCAGGACUGGGAGCAGUCUCAUCACCUGCUGUUCCACCUGGCCAACUUGAGCCUUGGUCUAGGUUUCCUCAUCCCCACCACAGUAACGCUUCAUAUGAUCUUCCUCAGACUGCUGCUGAUGACAGGGUGCUCUUUGUUCAUUGCAUGGGCCACAUUAUACAGAUGUACAUUGGAUGUGAUGGUGUGGAAUGUGGUUUUCCUUCUGGUGAACUUCAUGCAUUUCUUCUUCCUUCUUUAUAAACGCAGACCGAUUAAGAUUGACACGGAGUUAAAAUCAUUGUACAAGCACAUGUUCGAGCCCCUGCAUGUACGUGAAGCUCUGUUUCAGAGGCUCACCGGCCAGUUCUGCACUAUCCAGACCUUAAAGAAGGGCCAGGUUUAUGCAGCAGAAGAUAAGACCUUUGUUGAUGAGCGCCUCAGUAUUCUUCUCAAAGGAAAGAUGAAGGUAUCAUAUCGUGGCCAUUUCUUGCAUAAUAUUUAUACCAAUGCCUUCAUCGACUCUCCAGAAUUCAGGUCGACUCAGAUGAACAGGGGUGAGAGGUUUCAGGUGACGAUCACUGCUGAGGAAAACUGCAAGUUCCUGUGCUGGUCUAGAGAGCGUCUGACUUACUUCCUGGAGUCAGAGUCUUUUCUGAACGAGGUGUUCAGGUACCUCAUUGGCAAAGACAUCACCAACAAGCUUUACACUCUCAAUGAUCCAACCCUGAGUGACAAGGCUGCAAAGAAAAUGGACCGUCAUCCAAGCCUAUGUUCUCAGCUGUCUAUGAUGCAGAUGAGGAACAGCAUGGCUAGCACCAGUGACACAGACGAUGUGCUCAACCAGAUCCUGAGAGGCGGGUCAACUGGGUCAUCACUCCAGAAAACUCCUUUGACAAAAGCAUCCACGACUAUGAAACCAAUUGAAGAAGGAAUGGAAGAUGACGUUUUUGAACCUGAAUCCCCCUCUACCUCCCAGAACAUUUCCAGGACCCCCAGAGAAGACAUGUAAAAUGUAUUUUAUCACUUCACGGUCUUAGACUUCUAUGUUUCAAUCUAUUGUAUUUACAAGAAAAUAAUUCAAUAAUUAAUUUCCUUGCAUGUUCCUGUUUUUCUGUCAUGUUUUCUUGUGUGAUAUGUUAACAGUCAAUAUUUUAUUAAAAUGAAUUGUAUUAUUAUUACACAGGCUAUUAUUACAGGGUUAAGCAAUGAUGAAGUGUACACUGGGUUUACUGAAUGUCCUGUUUGAAGCAUUUUCAUUUCUUCCAAAUGCUUCUUUUCUUUUCAUUAAUGUGACUAUUGUGUGUUUAAAGUUAUACUGAUGCUUGAAAUCACGGUUUUUAUUCUUUUUUUUUUAAAUUAAAGUUUGGCACUAUGGACAUGUUGA